AUGGGUAAAGCUGAACCCAACCAAAGAGAAAUUCCUGUGAAAGAACAGACUCUAGGCGUUCCUGAGCUUAUUAGACUCAGUCUUUACAUUCGCUCGCGCUGGCAUCUUGGCCCUUCAAGUUGCAUUGGACUUACCGGUGCUUACAUUGAUGAAACAGUUUUUUGUGCUGGAGGGAAGUUUUUAUAUGGGGUAUUAUCUAGUUUUUUUCGUGACGAAGCGUUUUACUUUAAACUUCAGCGCUAUAUUCGCGCACUUUUUGAUCACGUGAUAAAUUGUUUGGAUUGA